GUAAGCAAAUGGCUUCUCAAACCAAACUAGCUAUUCACAGGAAAACAUGUAUAUGAAUGCGGUUUAGGCUCAGAGUCAAAUCACUUUUCCAUGAGGAGGCCCCUUCUGUGAUUCCAGACCAGGGACAAGUGAACAGCUCAUCCAAUACAACGGGGUUGACUCUGGCUCCCUGAAAAUGUUUGCUUUCAUUUAAACAAAUAUUUAGAACUGUGGAGAAACAGUUAUAAAACGAGCGGACAACUGCUGUGGAUGGGUGGGAAUUCAUAUCUACAGGAGAGUGGCUGUGCCGGUUAGGUGGGAACUAUUGUGCCUAAAGAGGGCUUGUGUAAUCCUUGGUUCUUGCCACCCUCUCUCUAAAAUAUUGCCUCCAGUAGUCAAAAUCUAUAUUCCCAGGGCUUUUUUUCCCCCAGGGGGAACUCACAGAAACUCAGUUCCAGCACGUCUCAGGUGGGUGCCAUUGCCAUUCUAAGACAACGGGGGAGGUGUUCAUGGUGAGUUCCGGCACCUCUUUUUUUCUUGGGAAAUAGCACUAUGCAUUCCCCACAGGUAGAUCAUUAUAUGUGACCAUAGAUCUCAAUUGUACAAAACAAACCCCUACAAAGAGAUGAACUACAAUACUUUUGGUCCCAACUAUACAUGAUCUCGGGGGUGCGGGUGGCGCUGUGGUCUAAACCACAGAGCCUAGGGCUUGCCGAUCGGAAGGUUAGCGGUUCAAAUCCCCACGACGGGAUGAGCUCCCGUUGUUCGGUCCCAGUUCCUGCCCACCUAGCAGUUCAAGAGCAUGUCAAAGUGCAAGUAGAUAAAUAGGUACUGCUCCGAUGGGAAGGAAAACGGUGUUUCCGUGUGCUGCUCUGGUUCGCCAGAAGCGGCUUUGUCAUGCUGGCCACAUGACCUGGAAGCUGUCUGCGGACAAACGCCAGCUCCCUUGGCCAAUAACGCGAGAUGAGCGCCGCAACUCCAGAGUCGUCCGCAACUGGACCUAAUGGUCAGGGGUACCUUUACCUUUACCUUUAUAUGUAAUCUCACCUCUGACUUGUGAUCUUCAGAACUCUCUUUGACGUUUCCAAGCAAAAUGCAUCGGAAAUAUUUUAGAAGGGGGUAAAUAUACAAAGAUGAAAAACAAAGUUAAUCCUUGGCAAAAAGCUUUUCUUAGGUUUGCUUAUUUGUUCAAAAUGCAAGGUGCUUGGCGCAAACCAAGCCAAAUGAUAAGCAUGGGAUAGAGGAGCCCUUUUCAGAUAUGUAGAGGACCAAACUUCCCAACUUAUUUCUCUUUGUAGGUGCCAGAGAAUGGUGGUGAAGUACAGUCAUGCCUUGGAAGUCGAACGGAAUCCAUUCCGGAAGUCCAUUCAACUUCCACAACAUUCGGAAACCAAAUCACGGCUUCUGAUUGGCUGCAGGAAGUUCCGCUGGACGUUCAGCUCCCAAAAAUAGUUCGCAAACCAGAACAGUCACUUCCGGGUUUGCGGCGUUCGGGAGCCAAAACGUUCCGAGAACUAAGCUGUUCGAAACCCAAGGUACGACUGUAGACAUAUUUCACCAAAAUGUUCCUAAAAUCUUAAUUGACCUGCUCUUUCUUAUUGGGUAUUGGAAUUCUCAUUUUGCUGCUACCGUAAGCAAUCUUAAACAAGAACACCUUCUAUACUUCUGUGUAAAUAUGUGGGAAAUUGCCUUGCCCUAAACCAGUUGCCUCGGGUCUCUUGGGCUCUAUUUGGCUGCUGUGUGAGUUGUUUGGAUCCCUGGAAGGGUGGUCUCAUCCUACAACUCAGGGUCUUGGGUUUGACAGUGAACCCCUUAACCCUUUCAAACAUCAGCUGGGGAAGACUCAAAGAGAUAAAUGAUCGUAAUUUACAGGAAGGCUGCUGUGUGCGCACACAGUGUAACUCAGAGCGCUAACCAGCCCCAAGCAUUUAUUCUCUAUUAUUGCUGGUCUUUCACAAAUCUGCUCAUGGGAGGAGCAAAGGGAAGUAGGAUUGCGGCAACGGAAGCCACCUGUUAAUUAAGGGAAGAAAAAGCACAAGCUGGCAUCUUCAUGAUUACUAUGCCACGUGGGUGCUGCAAAAAUGGAAACAAAACUUCAAAGCAUAAACGGCAUCCAGCCCAUAAUAAACUGCCAUGUUGGAAGGUUCCACCAGCGACAUGGCUGUCUACUCUGGCACACAGUUGUUUGCAGAAAUCUUUCUCAUUCUUGCUACCUGAUGUCCGUUUUUAGCAGAACUCAGAACCUUCAGAACCUUCCCUCUGAAGGUGGUAGUUGAAUGGAAUGGGAUACCUUACAACCUCAUUUCUGUAUCAAAUAGUUCAACCUGUGGCUGGUGAGAUGCCUUAAAAUCUUAUCAGUGUGACAAGGCGUACCUUCACUGACCACUUCGGCGACAUCUGUUUUUUCUAAUAUGUUGCGAACUAUUAGCUCUGUAGAACAAACAAACAAACAAACAAACAAACACUUUUGUGGCCUUCUGAAACUGAACAUCAAGCUACUUAAAUGAAAAAAUCCCCAUCAACAAUUUGCCUCCUGCCUCCCCCCCCAAAAAAAAAACUGAUAUGAUGAUUGCAAGCAGGAGCAAGACCCUGAGUAAACAGAUCUCUGUAUCAGCCACUCUGAACUCAUUGACAUCUCUACCUUAACCAACACUUGAUAUCCUGUAGAUCAGUGUUUCUCAACCAGUGUGCCUCCAGAUGUUUUGGGACUACAACUCCCAUCAUCCCUAGCUAGCAAGACCAGUGGUCAGGAAUGAUGGGUGUUGUAGUCCCAAAACACCUGGAGGCACACUGGUUGAGAAACACUGCUGUAGAUGAGCGUGUAAAACUGACUCCAUUGAAGAGCAUUGGGUUUGAGGUGACAUGAAGCUCUGCAGACAUUCUCUCUUUGGUUGAUCUGUGAUAGUUUAUCCACUCACACAAAACACUGACGCCAGUUAUCAGGUGGCCAACAUGUGAACAAGCUCUAGGAGAACGCAUUCAAUUGGGUCAAUAUGUCGCUCCAGAGUUUCCCUGAAAGAUCGAAACGCAUUGCCGUUCAUUGUUCACCCUUCAAUUGCUUCUACGGAUCAAAUAAGAAAAGCAUCAUAAUGGGGUCUAGCCAAGAUACCAUGUACUCUUGAACCCUGUUGUAGGAAUUUAGGGGUCGGGUGACCCAGAAAACAACUAGGUUCUGACCCAGGAAGAGUCCGAGAACCUGACAAGGAGACCCAAUUUACGGAGCUCCUUGUCGGAGGAAAAUGACAGGGACCACACCAGAACGUCUAGAAAGCAAGGCAAUUUAUUUCCAAACAAAAGAAACUGUUGCAACAGGGUCCUUCACCCACGUAGCAGGACGUAACAUAACUUUUCUAUAAGACCAUAGUUUUAUUGGAUCAGAAAAAGGAUUUUAGGUCCCCAAGAUCUUCUUUUUGGGAAGGAAUGCUUUGACGUGGAGAUUUAGCCAGGAGGGUGAAGGGUGGAAAUACCAGUGUUGGGAGACCCUAUUUACUUAAGGCAUUUGCAUCUAUUUGGAGAGAUUGUAAGGGUGCUUAGGUGAGACUUAUGCAAAAGGGAGGUGGGGGUGUUUUCCGGAGACAGUCUGGGGCAGUGAUGGCGAACCUAUGACACGCGUGUCAGACGUGACACACAGAGCCCUCACUGCUGGCACGCGCCCCAUCGGCCCAUUUGUGCUGUUGUUGUUGUGUCCCGUCCCCCCAUUUGUUCUCCCGCUCCUCCUACAGCUUGUCUCCGCUGUUAAAACCCGGAUCCUUUUUUUUGUUGUUGCUGGUAGCCAGAGAUUGGUUUUUUAACCCUUUCUGUGCUGUUUUUCUGGCGCUUUGGCAGACUAUGAUUGGGUGUAACAGCGUUCAUUUUUUAACCCGUUCUGUGCUGGGUUUUUUGGCGCUUUGGCAGACUAUGUCGGUGCUGCGUGUCAGUUCCAGCGAAGGUAUUAUUCAUUAUUUAUUUCUGUUCUCCCCCCCCCCAAAGUGCAGCAGCUUUGGGGCACCCCCUCAAAAAACGCAAAGCAACUUUUGCACCCCCCAAAAAACCUCCAAAACUUUGGUCAGCAGCUCUCCCCCAAAAGCUCAACAACUCUGGGCACUUUGUGAUAAAUAAAUAAGGGGUUUUUGGUUUGGUUUGGUUAAAUAAUUUUUUUGGUUUAUUAAAUACAGUUAUAUAUUACAAUUAUACAUUUUUGUUAUUUAAACUAUAAAUAUCGUGAAAUUAUGGUUUUUUUCUCGAAGUGACACACCACCCGAGUUAUGCUCGGUUUUUUGGCGGAUUUUGACACGCCAAGUUCAAAAGGUUGCCCAUCACUGGUCUGGGGUCAAGUGGGGAUUAUUCUUCCUGUUGAGCAAUCUCUGGCAAGGAGAAAUGGCUCCUGUCAGGUCAAGGCAUCGUUCCCCUCUCUGUACAUCUGUGGACCUAUGAGUGUAUGGCGUUCAAUUUUCUACAACAACCCCAAUAAUGUUAAGCACAUUUUGCUGUUGCUAAAACUCACCCUCACUUUCUCCGACAUCAUGGCUCUCCUUGAUACUCUUCCUUGCCUGCGCCAGCAUUCUUCUCCCUGUGUGAGAAAUACUGGUAUAUAUUGCAACGCUGAAACAAGCAACAUAAAAACCCAAUAUAUAACCAACACAAUAAAAUACUGUAUUCAACACAGAACAAAGGCAGCUGGCAAAUACACUAACUUUACCGCCAGGACUUUAAAAAUACAUAUGACAUGUCAAAAGCCAAAGCUUCGGCGUUUGCUGGAAGCAGCGUAAUCGAAGCAGCAAGUAAACCUCCAUGGAAGGGAACUCCACAACUUAGAGGCUGCUAUAAAGGUAAAGGUAAAGGUACCCCUGACCGUUAGGUCCAGUCGCAGAAGACUCUGGGGUUGCGCACUCAUCUUGCUCUAUAGGCCAAGGGAGCUGGCGUUUCUCCGCAGACAGCUUCCGGGUCAUGUGGCCACCAUGACUAAGCCGCUUCUGGCAAACCAGAGCAGCGCACGGAAACGCCGUUUACCUUCCUGCCAGAGCGGUACCUAUUUAUCUACUUGCACUUGACUUGCUUUUGAACUGCUAGGUGGGCAGGAGCUGGGACCGAACAACGGGAGCUCACCCCGUCACGGGGAUUCAAACUGCUGACCUUCCCAUCGGCAAACCCCUAGGCUCUGUGGUUUAGACCACAGCGCCACCCGUGUCCCUUGGGGCUGCUAUAGAAGAUGCUUUUUUGAGGGUGGUGGAACAACCAAGAGGUCAACUCCUCUGAUCUUAACACCCAAGAGGGUCUGUAGGAAAAGAGGCAACCUGGGGCAAGUAAGAAAUACAUAGGCUACCUACACAAAAGAGCAGAGCGUUCCAAAGCAAUAUAAAAUUAGUGAAAACUGAAUUUUAGACUUUAAAAGUGUGCAAAUUAAUUAUCCGACUCCUCAUUAUGGGUUAGACAUGAUCUCUUAAUUUUGUCAUAGUUUAAAGGAAUCUAGCUAAUAAAAGAAAUAGCAUUUGGAAGAUAAAACCACAGCAUUUCAAAUGCAAUCAAAUUUUGCCAAGUCGGCCCAAAGCUGGUUUUCAAUGUGUACAUAUGCCUGUGUCAUUGUUUAGAAGACACUCUCUCCGAAAAACAAACUGAUUAAGGCCAGCAAAGUAUUCUUAUUAUCAUACUUUUUUCUUCUGAGUCCGAGUAACUCCAUUCUGUCUGAGUUUCCACAUCUGUAACACCACAUUUUCUGCAAUGGGGAAAGAAAGAUACUGCCUGGUUUGUCCUAUGUGGAAUGUGGAAGAUGCAAUUACAUUGGAAGAUGAACAGGCUUCCCCAGGCACCUGCACAUCAAUUCAAGCCCAGAAGGAAGACCUCAUGAGGCAAUUCCUCCCCGGGACUUUUCUGGAUUAGGAAGUGUUGGUAGCCAGGGAGGCUUCAGAGUACUGGAUAAAUGUCCCAUGGAAAGAAAAACACACUCCGACCUUGGCUACCUUGCAACAAUAAGAUGUGCUUAGAUGCUGCUUCAGUGUCACAAUGGAGCUGACACGCCCCCCACCCCUUUUGUUGCAUGGACCUGUGAGCAGUUUGUUCCUGUAGCAGCAAGCAGCACUGGAAACCAGUUUGAAGGAAGGAAAGGUGGCGGCGACUCUCCCUUCGUGGUCCAUGCUACAUGUUAGGUACCUGAAAGCGUAAGGAAGACCACCUUCAGGAGAAAUAAUCCAGCCCUUCAGAUGUUCUUUUGAACCGAUACAUGUAGCUGCUAGAUGAUAAAAAUGGAUUAUAUCCCACCACGGGUCAAACUGAGCGACGACACCUUUAUCUUCAUCGAUGGCAAAUGGGUGAAUGAAACCUAUAUUCAGUCAGCACUCUCUUCCGCCACAGAAGCCCGACAGAAGCACUCCGGCAAGAAGAUGCACAACGAUUGGCCCCUUUGGGAAGAGAACAAGGCCCUUUGGGAGGAAAACAAAGCCCUCCGAGUGGAAAACAGGGCCCUCCGGGAUGAGAAUAAGGCCCUGCAGUCCCUUCGGAUGGAGAACAAGGGCAUCCAGGUUAUUUAUGACGAGAGUCUUCAGCAAGUCCUCCAGAAAGAAAACCACCCUUUAGCAGCCCUUCCGCUCAUAGCAGGGCUCAAGGAUGGUAUGGGGGAGAAAGCCAUUCAGGUUUUUAGAGAUGAGAAGAAAGCCCUCCAGCUCUUCCGGGAAAAUCUGGCUCUGAAGGUCUUCCCAGAGGAGAAGAAACCCAUCCCAUUCCUGCAGGAAAAGCAACCUGCUCAGUCAUCAGCAAAUGAAUUUACCCCAGCCCAGGAAACCAGUAAAAUUGUAGGCCAGGAAGACAGCAAUACGACUGCACCGGCUGAGGCAGCCGAAGCUGUCCAGGAAAGCCAAGGGGAGAGGAGAGCUUUGUCAGUUCAAGAAAGAAACAAAGCCUUAUUGCCAUUGAAGGAGAAUGAGGCGCUUGAAGUUGUCCAGAAACUGAACGAAACUCUUCUGUGGCUCCUAAGAGAGAACCAUGCGCUACGGGAAGAAAAACAGGACCUCCAGACCAUCCAAGGAGGGAACAAAAUACUUUGGGAGGAGAACCAAAAGCUGAAGCUCCAGCAAAAAGCGAUCAAAGUUGCGAUCGGUAAGAUCAUUGCUCAAAUGGAUCUUCUGCACGAGCAGCUGCACUCCUGGGAUCCCAUGGAGGAGUCGGAGAUUGGAAUGAAGAAUCCCGAAAGUGCUUGAAACUUGAGUUAAGCUGCAGGGAGAGAUGUUAGGGUGCAUAGCAGGCAGUUCACAUUUGUAAAAUUAUCUCUCUCCUGCAUCAUAAACCUGAAUAAAGUUCUGUUGUGGAUUCAGGAAAGCAGUGAUGAGCUUCUAUAAAUGUUUUAAAUGGUUAUACCUUCAUUUUACUAAGAGGUUUGAAUAACAUGUAAGGAAAGAUCACAGAAUCAUAGAAUUGUAGUUGGAAGGGACUCCAAGAGUCAUCUAGUUCAACCCCCUGCAAUGCAGGAAUCCAUAAAUGCAACUUUCCACAGUCACCGUCGUAACAAGGAUGAGGCUCAGAAAGGCUUUGCAUUUUUUAUUAUUAUUUGGAUUUUGUGUGUGUGCUAAGCUUCAGAUUCCUUAAUCUCCACACCCUUUGAAUGUAUACUACUCAUAAACCCAGUUUGGACAUGACAUUAAAACUACAUGAAAGGCGAUUGGAAGUAGGGGCUAACUAACCAUAGUUGCUGUUUCAUCUGAACUGGGGCCUACAAACCA